AUGUGUGAUUUAAGACUACGAGAAGUUGCAAACGUGACGUUAUGCCAUGAAGAGCAACACAAUGAACCUAAAAAAUUAAUAACUUUAAUGAAUGCUGUUUCUGCUAUUCAGGGUGUUACUCGUCUGUUGCUGACCAAGAUUCCUUUUUACAAAGAAGUGAUUUUGAUGUCGUUCAACUGCGAGCACUGCAACUUUCAGAAUAACGAGAUUACAUUUGGCGGCAAGUACCAGGAACACGGCUUAAAACUGUUACUAAAAGUACAAAACGUAAAGGACCUGGAUCGCCAGGUCGUAAAGACCGAAUACGCUUCAGUAAAUAUUCCUGAAGUCGACCUCGAAAUUCCUGCUCAAAGCCAUUCUGGAGAAAUUACGAACGUUGAGGGUAUCGUCAGUCGCGUCGCCGCGUCUCUGAAGCGCAAGCUAACUGAAAAACAGAAUAUUAAUCCAGAUGUCGCUGCUAAGCUUACCGAAUUUUUGGCUAAGUUGGAUAAGCUGUGUAAAGUUGAACAAAGCUUCACCUUGAUAAUCGACGAUCCUAGUGGCAACAGCUUUAUUGAAAGCAUAGAUCCUUCUAAGGAGGAUAGACAGCUCACAUCUGUGCAUUACCAGCGCAGCUUAGAAGAGAACAAGCUUUUGGGUCUUGUCGCUGAUGAUACUGAAAAAGAGGAAGCUGAUACUCCUGCGAUAUGGGAGUCUCGAGAAGCUAUAAGAAAUGAGGUACUGAAGUUUCAAGCAAACUGUCCUGGUUGUGGCGCUGUUUGUCAGACUAACAUGAAACUUGUCAAUAUACCGUAUUUCAAAGAGGUGGUAAUUAUGGCGACCUGCUGCGAAAACUGCGGCUACAAAUCGACGGAAGUUAAGUCGGGAACGGGAGUUGGAGAGAAAGGCAUGAAACUGACUUUACACGUGCUAAGCCAGGACGACCUCAAAAGGGAUGUGCUGAAAUCAGAAACGUGCUCUCUAAGCAUCCCUGAACUGGAGCUGGAGGUCGGAGUGGGUAUUCUAGCGGGCCGCUUCACGACCGUCGAGGGUCUCAUGAUUGCUGUCAGGGACGAGUUGGCCGUCAGCGCUGAUUUCGCUUUCGGCGACAGCGCCACGCCAGUGAAACGUGAAAAGAUGAUGGCCUUCCUGAAGAAACUUGAGGUCUUAAUUCACGUUGAUCAGCCGUAUCACAUCGUCCUGGAUGACCCGACAGGCAACAGCUACAUUGAGUUCGUCUUCAUGCUGCCGAAGCCAAAUGCCAUGGCAGCGGCGUCGACGAUGCCCUAUAAUGCGGUUAUAGAACAGCUCCGGGUCUUGGGAGAUGAAGACAUCGUUUCAGAGCAGCGUGCGUGCCCCCUUUUCGGAAUGUUCCUCUACUUGCUGCUAGAUGAAGGCAGCUAA